ACCGGGGGCGCGCAGGGCGGCGCGGGCCUCCCCGCGCAGGCCGCGCUCUACGGCCACCCGGUCUACGGCUACUCGGCGGCGGCGGCGGCGGCCGCGCUGGCUGGCCAGCACCCGGCGCUCUCCUACUCGUACCCGCAGGUGCAGGGCGCGCACCCCGCGCACCCCGCCGACCCCAUCAAGCUGGGCGCCGGCACCUUCCAGCUGGACCAGUGGCUGCGCGCGUCCACCGCGGGCAUGAUCCUGCCCAAGAUGCCCGACUUUAACUCCCAGGCGCAGUCCAACCUCCUGGGAAAGUGCCGUCGGCCCCGCACAGCCUUCACCAGCCAGCAGCUACUGGAGCUGGAACACCAGUUCAAGCUCAACAAGUACCUGUCGCGGCCUAAGCGCUUCGAGGUGGCCACCUCACUGAUGCUCACGGAGACCCAGGUGAAGAUCUGGUUCCAGAACAGGCGGAUGAAGUGGAAACGCAGCAAAAAGGCCAAGGAGCAGGCGGCGCAGGAGGCUGAGAAGCAGAAGGGGGGUGGGGGCGCCAGCAAAGGUGGCCUCGGGGAGGACAAGGGGGACGACGAGCUGCUGGGGCCGCCGGCUGCCGGGGACAAAAGCGGCGGACGCCGCCUGCGAGACUUGAGGGACAGUGACCCUGAGGAUGACGAGGACGACGACGACGAGGACCCCUUUCCCUACAGCAACGGCACGGGAGCGCACGUCUCCUCCGACUGCUCGUCCGAGGCCGAUUCCCCGCCCCCGCGGCCCAAUGUGCCCGGGCACCAGCCCCCGCCCCAGUAG